CUCUCAGAGAGCACUCAUACUUGGACUCGCUUGAAGAAGGAGCUCUCUGCUGGCUUGUCCCUCACUGCUGAUUCAGGACAGAGCUGAUUCGCGAGCUUCACACUCUGAAACUCGAUCCACACGGCUUCUGGGCUUUUUGACACUCGGAGACAUCAUGGAUAAUGAUAUGGAGGACUACAUGGACUACAUGUACGAGAUGGACAAUCUGAACAACUCGUGCGAGUACGAAGAAUUGCAAGUGUCUUACUCUCUCAUCCCCGUCCUCUACAUGCUCGUCUUCAUCCUGGGCCUUUCGGGGAACGGUGUGGUCAUCUUCAUCGUGUGGAAGGCAGAGAGCAAGCGCCGGGCGGCGGACGUCUACAUCGGGAACCUGGCUCUGGCGGACCUGACGUUUGUGGUGACCCUGCCACUGUGGGCCGUGUACUCGGCGCUGAAGUAUCACUGGCCGUUUGGUGUGGCUCUGUGCAAGCUCAGCAGCUACAUAGUGAUACUCAAUAUGUACGCCAGCGUCUUUUGCCUCACCUGCCUCAGCUUGGACCGAUACCUGGCCAUCGUGCGCUCUCUGAGAAGCUCGCAGCUCCGAACCCGUGGACGAAUGAGGGCCUCGCUCAUCGCCAUUUGGGUUCUCUCAGGCACACUGGCGUCACCCACACUGCUCUUCCGCACCACAUCGUUCAAUAAAUUGACCAACCACACCUCCUGCGUCAUGGAUUUCAGCCUCGUGGCGUCCAACGAGACCGAGAACCUUUGGAUCGCCGGAUUGGGCAUCUCGUCCACGGCUUUUGGGUUCCUAAUCCCGUUGCUGGCCAUGAUGGUGUGCUACGGCUUCAUCGGCUGCACCGUGAAGCGACACUUCAACAAGAACCUCCGCAAAGAAGACCAGCGCAAGCGACGCCUCCUGAAGAUCAUCACGACGUUGGUGGUGGUGUUCGCCACCUGCUGGAUGCCCUUCCACCUUCUCAAGAGCAUGGACUCCCUCUCCUACCUGGGAGUUUUGCCUGAUUCCUGCUCCCUGCUCAACUUCCUGCUCUACGCUCAUCCGUACACCACCUGCCUCGCUUACCUCAACAGCUGCCUUAACCCGUUUCUCUACGCUUUCUUCGACCUGCGUUUCAGAUCCCAGUUUUUGUGCCUCCUGAACCUGAAAAAGGCGCUGCACCAGAGCCCGGCGAGUUCUCUCUCCUCGCAAAAGACUGAAGCCCAAUCUCUAGCCACAAAGGUGUGAAGUACGGAGAAUUUUACGAGAGGAAGUCAUCUCGUUCGAGCCUUCGCAACCUGACGGUAAAUGGACAGGCAACCAUAGACUCUCUCUUGUGUAGACCUUGAGAGACUGCUCUAAUUUUUUUUUUAUUCUUUUUUUGAUGAGCACAUCGGUGCGGUCUGAAUACCCCAAAGUUUUCGGGUUUUCCAGUGCCAGUCUCUUUGGCAUCGCUUCCAGAGAUCAGAGCCCUCGGACAGCUGCGUUCCAGACGUUAGCGUCGGACGCAGACCUCGUAGACUCCAUGCGGACUCCUUAAGGGACUCGGUGCUGAUGGAGGAAGCCUAGUGGGUGGUCUGCGCAACUUACAAGAGAUAUUUGCUCUCACUCGACUUUGGCCAAUGAGCGCCUCCAUAAUUUUAUCGCUUCACUUCUUAAGCACUUGGUCAUUCAUAGAUAAGGGACGUGUCCCAGUAUCUCCUACUGAGCAAUUUACUUGUUGUCUUCAUCACUGGGGAUCAGACUAUUGGGAGGGAGGGUGGGAGGUGGGGGGUUUACGGUGUGUCAGCCAAGAAGAAGUGUUGCAGCUUGAUUAAAGAGUUGCGUGUGUGUGAGUGUGUUUGGGGGACUCAGAAUGCCAGAUGGCAACUGACAAAUGCUGUCGGAGGAGGGCGAGUUAAUAAGUGGCAGCUUUUACAAAUGACAGACUGCUGUGUCUGUGUGUGUGUGCGUGUGUGUGUGUGUGUGUCUGGACAUUUAUGAAAUGUAAUGGGUAGCUAACUUUCAUGAACUUCUCAUUUUUCAUGAAUUGAUCACCUGCUGUAUGAAACUACUAUGAAAUCCUUUGUAAAUAAAAUGUUUAUUCCACUGAAAACUCA